CCCUCUGACGCCGAAUUAUUUCCUUUUUCGCCCAGCUGAGCUCUGAGGAACAUCUCUCUUCCGUUCCCGGCCGGUGUCCUCCAGCUCCGGGACCAUGGCAAUGCUGGCAGAGCGUGAGUGAGGCCCGGGCCCGCCAACAGCCCGUAGGAAACAAAAAUGGUCGGUAGACCCAAGAAACAGCACCUGGAGUAAGGAUGAGUCCAAAUUUGGCCAGAAGUUGAUGGAAAAGAUGGGCUGGUCCAAAGGCAAGGGUUUGGGGGCUAAGGAACAAGGGAGCACAGAGCACAUCAAAGUGCAAGUAAAGAAUAACAAUCUAGGGCUAGGAGCCUCUCGCAAUCACCAGGAUAACUGGCUCGCCCAUCAAGAUGAUUUUAACGAGCUUCUGGCGGAGCUGAAUAACUGCCACGGGACAGCUGAAUCUGAGGAGUCUCCGGCCGACGAAGAGAAGAAAUCAUUUAGCCUGGAAGAGAAGUCGAAAUCCUCUAAGAAGCGUGUGCAUUACAUGAAGUUUGCCAAAGGGAAGGACCUCUCAAGCCGCAGUGACACAGACCUGGCCUGUAUCUUUGGGAAACGGGAGAAGACUAAGAAAGGCGGCCCACAGGAAGAAGCUUCGGCUGAAUCAGAAGAAAACGAAGACCAGGGAAAGCAAAGCCCCUCAGGAGAAUGCGACCCAGGAAACACUGUGACCAGCUCACUAUCUGUAAAUGAAUAUUUUGCUAAACGCAUGGCAGAACUAAAGAAGUCUCAAUCAAAACACAUGGGAAAAGUUCCACAGAAAGAAGAGGAGUGCCGUGAAGAAGGAGCUGAUGAGAGUUCUACAAAGAUAAGCCAGAAGUCCAAAAAGAGGAAACGCAAUAAGGGUGACACCAUUCAUGACACCAAUGAUCCUGACCUGGACAAUGGGGACUUACCAUGUGUUACAGAAGUUCCACAAUCCAAAAAAAAAUCAAAAACCAAAAAGUAUCGAGAGCCUGAAUCUGAGAGGGUUGGAAGAAAAGACGAGGAGGAAGAAGAUGGAGCUUCUCACCAGAAUGACUGUCGCACAGAAGAAGAGGAGAAACCAAAAAAACGAAAAAAGAAAAAUAAGAAGAGGAAGAACGAAACAUCUAACCAAUGGGAGGAGGAAGAGAACUGUCAAAUGCAGCAAUUGAAGAAGAAGAAGAAAAAGAAGUCCGAAUAACUUGGUUUAGUUAAGUCCAAAAACACCAACUAUUGGGAAAUGCCUGUUGUUCCUAUGGAAGCUGCCAUGUCUCAUUGUUAUAAGUUUAAAUGCAAAUGACUGUACAUUUGUGAUAUUCGCUGUUUUCUAAAGAUAAAUUGACACCCAACUAAAUAAACUUUUAGUAUCAUGUA